AAUCAUCUUUCAUUUAUCGAUAACUGUACAAUGAGCCUGCUUCUACUGGAGGCAUUGCUUAGUCCCUAUUGAUACAAUAACACAUCACCACAGAAAGCCAACUUCUCUAAAAGAAAGUCGUCGUCUUUAUUCAAUUUAUGGAAAUAAAGAUGAGAUUUUCUAAAUUUUUAUUUUCAUUUCUACUUGGACUAGUAGUAGCAUGUGUUUCAGGUACUGUUCAUUCAGACGCCGUAGUUUACAUUUCUUCAAUUGAUAAAACAAGUGACUAUGUUCCUUCAUUGAAUCCUUCUGAAGCUCGGCUCAUUUUUGCUCAUACGUUGGGUAUUUCUCAAUUUCAUAAUCUAGAGGGAAAUCCCAAGGCCGAUAAAUUGCUUCAAGACUUAUUGCUCCAAGAAAACUCUCUCUCUUCUUUUUUUGAUCCCAAAUGCAAGAUGCUUCUUACCGUUUCAGGCUUGAACUUGGACGAACCUGUAAAAGAAAUAAACCCAACAUUCUACAUAAAAAACACUCCUUCCAGCAACUCCUUCGCGGCUUUAAUUCGAAGAUUCCAAAGACAAUUGCAUGCUGCAGAUGGGAAAGAACACAGGACGUUCUAUACUAAUGAUAUGGGUGGUUCAUUAUCAGUUCAUGCGCUUUUUCAAUUACAUCCCACAAAACAUGAAGACUCGAUGUUACUACAUCUUUACGAAAAGCUUUUUGGAAAAGUAUCCUCUACAUUUUUUGAUAUCAACAAAAAGCAAGAUCAAGUCUUCUUGUCAGAAAUUGCUGCUUUGAACGAGUACCUUGAGUAUUUGAAAAUGAAAUCUGACAGUGGAAACGUUGCAGAUCCUUCUGUCGGUUUUGGACAGAUCGUCUCUUUAGAGAUAAUGUAUCACACUGAAGGUGCAUCUUCUGAAAAGUAUCGAAUUGCGCGGGAAAAUAUAAUUUCACUUUUAUUACAAUUAAAACAGUUUUCUUCUAUCAAUUAUGUACUCCUUCCUCCUUCUGAUUUUAAAGCGCGGAACGCUAGAUAUCAAAAGCGUCAACUUGAUUUAGAAGCAUUCGGUGAAGAGAUAGACCAAGCAGUGUCUAACAAUUAUCGAAAUUCCGACGGACGCUGCUUUUUGACGGAGGAAGCGUGUAAAAAGGCAACCAACUCCUGUUCUGGUAGAGGCGAAUGUGUAAAAUACGCAAACAAGGAGUCUUGCUUUGUCUGUCAAUGUGCUUCCACCGUUGUCGCUGCUGGUAAUGGUGGAAACAGAACUGUCCAAUGGACUGGAGACACCUGUAGUAAACAAGACAUAUCGAUGGAAUUUCAAUUUUUCUUUUGGUUCGCUAUAGUCGGCUUUGGCUUACUUGUAUUUUGCAUAAAGUUGCUCUUUAGUGUUGGACAAGAGGAACUAGCAAAUGUCUUAACAUCUACCACACCUAUAACGAAGAAGAACAUCUAAUUAAUUUUCGAAACAAAAGGAUACGCACAAAUGAAUUGAUAGAUACUUUCCAUUGAUGUUUUUAAUAAUUUUGCUAAUUCUCGAA